AUUGACAGCAGCAACAUGUGACGUACGGAGACAGAAGAAGACAUGUAGAUAAUCAAUGGAAUUUAUGCGUAAUUUACGCGAUCUUGAAAAGGACGACUCGUAUUUUUUUUUAUUUUUUACGAGGGGUGAAUGGUUCGUCCAACUUGGGACAAGUGGGUUGUUUUGGGUGAAAGAAUAUUUCGGGUGUAGUUUUUUUGGAUCGCAGUUGUUUUGUGUUUCUGUCUAAAAUGAGGAAGCCGCAGUAAAUACGCUUUUAGGAUUCUUCCUCGGCGACAAAAGCCCCUCUCGGACCUCUGUCGCCGGGCGAGAGUCGGGCAUCGUCCGUUAUAGUAGAAUCAGAAUGAUAAAGCCGAAAGUGGGUCGGAUGUUUCUGGCGACAUGCGUCGGAUCGUUUUUCAUUCUCAUCUUGUAUAUCCAGAACAUCUCAAGAUCAGCUUCAGAACAGCUUUCGGGUGGAAACAGUUUCCCAGUUAAAUCAAGACGAAGUCCUUUGCAGACACUACAAGAAAAUGAUCAGCUGGAGCAGUCUGCAGUGCAGGCCACUCUGCAGGGCCGUCGGGAACUCCUGGAGGAAACUUGCCAUACGCAUACUUAUAAAAGACGUGUACUCAGCCCUGAGGAUCUUCGGCACCUCAUAGUGGACGAUAAACACAAGCUGCUAUACUGCUAUGUCCCCAAAGUGGCAUGCACCAACUGGAAGCGUGUGAUGAUGGUGCUAACGGGUGACGGCCGCUAUCGCGAACCACUAGCUAUUCCAGCCAACGAGGCUCACGUGGCGGGCAACCUGCGUUCGCUCUCGGAGUAUUCCACGGCUGAGAUCAACAAGCGCCUACGUACAUAUUUGAAGUUCAUCUUUGUUCGCGAGCCCUUUGAGAGACUCGUCUCCGCCUACCGGAACAAAUUCACGCGUAGCUACAACACGGCGUUCCAUAAACGCUACGGUACCAAAAUCAUACGCAGACAUCGGGUGGACCCCCAACCCCAGGCGCUGGAAAAAGGCAACGAUGUCUCUUUUGAGGAGUUUGUGUAUUAUUUAGUAGACCCUCAGACUCAGAGAGAAGAACCUUUUAAUGAGCACUGGGAGAGGGUUCACUCUCUUUGCCACCCUUGCUUGAUCCAUUACGACGUGGUGGGAAAAUAUGAGACACUUGCGCAAGAUUCACGCUAUAUUCUAAAGCUAGCAGGUGUUGACGGAGAGGUCAAAUUCCCGACCACCUCCAAGAGCACCAGGACCACAGGAGACAUGGCCGCCAAGUUCUUCGACAACAUCAGUCCGUUUUAUCAGAAGAAGCUAUUCAGCCUCUACCGAAUGGACUUCUUAUUGUUUAACUACUCUGUGCCGGCAUACUUGAAGUUGAGAUGAGGGUUUGCACAACAGGUUUCAACUAAUUUGAAGUCUUCAUCUGCACACGGAUUUUUGUCUUGUGUGCAUUGACAAUUAAAUUUCACUCUUCUGUCUGGAUUUGAGUGAACUGCCUGAGGGAACCAGAUGAAACUUGAAUGUGGCAUUACCCUCACUCCCUUGAGGCAAAAUUCAGCACUAUGAAGAGAUCACUGCUGGCAGGGGUGUUACAUCCCAUGAAAGUUCACAAAAUACUGUCUGUAAUUCCUUUGGCUUCGGUAUAUGAAGACCGAGCUCCAAGUAUGUGCUUUUGUCCUUCUGAAUGUUGAUAAGUGAAGCGGGAUUCUUCAUCAACGGACAAAUUCUAUGAAUGUUUCGCCUCUUUCAAUCUUCACCACCCAAAUGAUAUUUAUGGUAUUAUGUAGUGUAUUUAUUGUGGAUUUUGCUCUUGAACUGAAAUCAGCAAAUCCUUGACGUUAAUCUUGAUGAAAUUCCUUGAGGAACGUAAUGUGACUGAUCUCAAAGCUACCUUUCUAGCAUUCCGGGAUAUGAUUUCAGACUGUAACCCUUUGCAGUUCACCAGGAACUUGAUUUACCAUCUCAAGUAGUUUCUAAGGCCACUUCCAUCAUAAUACGUUUUCGGUGGAAAACACAUCGAUUUUGCUCCCGUCCAAACUGGAAAUGGUUUGAAAAUUCUCUCUAGCAGUGAAUACUUUGAAAAAUUAAGUGGAAAACGUAUUAGUGUGGACAAGGCCCAAGUCUUAAGCUUACAAACCAUCAACUAUUUUUGAGCAGAUAAAGCCUUUGAAGAUACGCAGUGUCUUAAGGCCAAAGUAUACUCCGCUUUUCCACAUGCUGGCACAUCUCAGGCACAACAUGUUCACACGCAGAUUUCAUCAUCAGGAGAGUACACCCAGAUUGUGCGCAUCCAGACAGGUUUUUCUAGACCAGAACAGUCCUCGUCUUUGUACAUUGUCUGCGCAUUCGUACAAAUGUGUCUAUAUGGGCUUGCAUUCAAAAGAGUAUACUAUGAAAGACUGAGUGCUUUACUGUGUGAGAGACGGAAGGACACACGGAAAAAUGAAGUAUACCCUGGCCUUUAGGGAAUCAAACUAAAGGAUGAAUUUAUGCUACUCUUUCAGUUACGAACUGGACAGGGCUGUCUACCUUGGCCAGUUUAGCAACUCUGGAAUUAAACGGCGUUAUUAAAGAGUCACCUCUUUAGUUAGCAUGCAUCAGGCUUGAGUAAACAGUGCAUAGCUGUGGUUGGGGAAAGCUAGAUCCUCAUCAGUGCUCCUCUUGUUGAGUUAUGGAUGCAGGGUGAGGUGCAAACUACCCACUGGGCAUUGCACGUCAAACAUCAGCAGAAUCUUGGAGGAAACACUCAUCUUAUGAAUCUGUAAUAAGAGUUGAAGUGCAAUAAAUGUUUCUAAUGAGGUACCAAUAUCUGUAAACUUUUUAAGCUGUGUAGAAGCUUAACCAUAAUUUUAAUCAAUCUCUUUUUUUUUUUUUUUUUACUGCAAGUCACGCAUCCAACCUUUUGUGUACAAGUUUAAAAGCCCUACUAUAAUUGGAUCAUUCACAAAAAUUGUAUUUGUGGUUUCUUAGCAAUUUAAAUUACCCUUAAAUUAUUUGGAUUUUUUUUUAUUUAUUUCUACGUCAAAGACUAAUGCCUAAUUUUUACAGUUGAAAUGAUGAAAUCUUUUGAGAAAGGGUGAGAAGGUGGUCUCUGACUAAUAUCUGGCAGACAUCCUUUGCCUUGGGAUACAUCGCUAGCCUGGUGCACAUUGGGUACCUUGUGUGCAAUAUUGCAUAUCAAAUAGCUUUUAUUGCUGCUAAUAGACAUUCCAGCAUGUCAUUUUGAAUUUAAUAUGGGUACAAGGAGUCAUCUAUGAAACUAGUGUAUUUCUUGGGUUAUAAUGUUUAAAUAGGCAGUAUCUCAUCAUCUAAAGAGGAACUUAAAAAAUACAUGUACAUUUAGAAGGUGCAGAGUUCUCCAUGUUUUUGUCCUGGCAUAAUGUCCUUACUUUUGAUUAUUCUGUCUUUGAAACUAUGAAUGUAUUAAGCAGGUUGAUUCAUAUGUAUGAGGAAAUGUGAGAUAAAGAAACCAUUCACUGUUCGAGUUAAACUGUUGAAAGUGUGGCAACUGUAUUUGCCACACGUGAUGUAACUCUCACAGUUUGCACCUGUUUUGAAAGCUUGUGGGCAUGCAUAUUGUAACGGUUUAAAAUGGGCAAGGAGGAGGCAGGAACCAGCUGAACAGUCAAAGUAAUAUUUAAUUUAAACAAAAAGACACAAACACAAAUACACACACACGGCAGCUGCGUGUGGCUCUCUCUCUCCUGAACUGCCUCAUAUGGCUGCCUUUAUCCCUCUCCUCGGCUGAUUAGCCCGAUUGGGGGCCGGGCGUGCGUUGUCACGGCCCGGCCCCGCCCUCCUCCUCGUUACACUUAUGUACUGCAAAACUGUGAAUGCCAAUGUACACUUGCCAGUAUGUAGUAUUGCUUUAAAGGGUGAAAAAAAAAAAUAAUUUCAAUUGUAAUUGUUUUUCAGUGGGCAACAGGGAAUGCAUUUCAACCAGCAGUAAUUAAUAUUGGUCACAGCAAUUUCAAAUAUAAUGUAAUGGUAAAUUGCCUCUGGUAUGAGCACAAGACUUAUGGACAUAUUUUAGGGACCACAACACUCAAGCUCUAAACAAAUUAUGUGAAAGGGGUUAAUAUAAUAUAUUCAGCCCAAGACAUUUUACAAAAUGUCUUGAAUAAAACUGCCACAUUAACUUCAUUGUCAUCAAUUGAUCCAAAUAAAGUGGAACAACCGAUUACAUACAUUACUUAAAGUCGAGACGAAAUCACCCCCAAAAUUCAAAUUUUGUCAUCAUUAACUAACUUUGUCAUUCAUACAAGUUUUGUAAACUGAAUCGAUCGUUUCAUUGAAAAUAUCGAACUCAAAAGAAUCAGACAUCGAUACUUUGAUAGCGCCAAAGAGAGCUAGGGCAGAUUUCUAAGUGUUUUAGUGAUUUAAUGAUUUCAUUUUUGGUCUGUUUCUUAUCCAAACUUUAUGAAUUCAAAAAACUUUUUUUAACAAUUUUAAAUAAGCUUUUGAUGACAGAUUUCUUAUUUUUGGGUGAAAUAUUCCUUAUAUAUAUUUAAUUAAAUAAAUGCAUGCGCUGCGUCCUUCAGAGUGAAAACAUGGCACUGUUCAGAUUCGAAGUAAAUUCUAGAGACUGUUGUGUGUGAAAAUCCCUGGAGAUCAGCAGUUACAGAAAUACUCAAACCAGCCCCUAUACAAAGUGUAUGUAAACUUCUGACCCACUGGAAAUGUGAUAAAAGAAAUAAAAGCUGAAAUAAAUAAUUCUCUCUACUAUUAUUCUGACAUUUCACAUUCUUAAAAUAGUGAUCCUAGCUGACCUAAAACAGGGAACGUUUUCCAUGAUUAAAUGUCAGGAAUUGUGAAAAACUGAGUUUAAAUGCAUUUGGCUAAGGUGUAUGUAAACUUCUGACUUCAAAUG